UGAUCCUAGAGAUUGUGAAAUAUAUUUGUCUGUGUCUGAUAAUCCUUCAGCAAUGGAGACACCUGUGGACAGUGUAGUGAGGAGGACAUUUGCUGUGAAGCAGAAGAGAGAGAAGAUGCUACACACUUGCAAGACAAGCUCUUCAGAAUAUAAAUUAAGUGUUGCGCCUGAAAUGGAUAUCCUGGAGUAUUGUGAAAAGGAAUGGAGAGGAAAUACACCAGUAGCAAAAAGGAUGAGAAAGGGAUAUGAAGCAGUUGCACAGAAGUUUGCAUCCAUAAGGCAAGUACGAGGUGAUAACUACUGUGCUCUCAGAGCGACUCUGUUCCAGGCACUAAGUCAAGCUACUCAGUUACCACGCUGGAUGCAGAGUGAGGAUUUUACUGCGCUUCCUGAGAACUUGUUAAGCAAAUAUGACUGGAUCAAGCAGUGGCAGCUAAAACAGAGACCAAGGAGAAAGACAGGAGAAAUAAGUGAUGAAAUAAAAGAAUAUUUAUUGCUACUAAAGAAGAAGUGGAAGUGUGUAAGUGACAUCAAAUGUUCUGCUGAGAAACAAGAAGCUUGUGAUGAACUGUUUAAAAAUGAAGAGGAGGAGUACAGUCUGUAUGAAGCUCUGAAAUUCUUGAUGCUUAACACUGCCAUUCAGUUAUACAAUGAUGAGAAAAAUGGAAGGAGAGUUCCCAUCUUCUCGUGGCUACUGUUUGCUCGUGAUACAUCUAGCAACCCUUGUCAGUUAAUGCAUAAUCACCUGAAUCAAAUAGGUCACAGUGGAGGCCUUGAGCAGGUGGAAAUGUUUCUCCUUGCUUAUGCUCUGCAGUACACCAUCCAGGUGUAUCGACUGUAUAAGUGUAGUACUGAUGAAUUCAUCACAUUUUAUCCCAAUGAUCCUGAUGAAGACUGGCCUGUGGUGACUCUCGUAACUGAAGAUGACAGACAUUAUAACAUUCUGGUCAGAAUGUGCCAAGAAACAAUGCUAUAAAGGGGAUUUUGAACAGACACACCUGUGCUUAUGGAGGUUUCCA